GGCACACUUUGACCCGGAAACACUAGGGCGUAUCCAUGUGCGUCUCAUGCACGUAUUUUCUAUACAGCUCUUCGUUAUAUUUAUAUUUCAGCAUCACCUCCGAUUUCAUUUGUAAUUCACUAGAACUUCACCAACAAUGUCGUUUAAAGAUAUCAACGCAGACGACGACGACGCUCAGCCCACUGAAAUGGAGAGCUUGUGUAUGAACUGUUAUGAGAAUGGAAACACUCGUCUUCUCCUAACCAAAAUCCCCUUCUUUAGGGAAAUCAUCAUCAGUUCCUUCUCAUGUCCACACUGUCACUGGACCAAUACAGAAAUCCAGUCUGCAGGGAGAAUCCAGGAGCAGGGAGUCUGCUGUUCAGUCCACAUAAAGACUAAAGAGGAUAUGAACCGUCAGGUCGUGAGGACAGACAGUGCCACUACUCGAAUUCCUGAGCUGGACUUUGAAAUCAGUGCAUUCAAACAAAAGGGCUCACUGUCCACCAUUGAGGGACUCCUUGACCGAGCAGUAGCAGGAUUAGAACAAGAUCAACCAACACGACGGGCCACUGAACCAGAAGUAGCAGAAAAAAUAGGCCAAUUUAUUCAGAGACUGAAAAAGCUGAAAGAUGUUGAAGAAGAAUUCACACUGAUCAUUGAUGAUCCUUCAGGGAACAGUUUCAUCGAGAAUCCAUUUGCACCGCAGAAAGACCAAGCUCUCACUGUAUCUUUUUACAAAAGGACACCUGAACAAAACGCAGCCCUUGGGGUAGAGGAAAGUGAACCAGAGGAAGAGGAGAAAGCUGGCAAUAAUCUGGACACAAUGAGGAACGAAGUCCUGGUGUUCAACACCAACUGCCCAGAAUGCAAUGCUCCUGCCUCAACAAACAUGAAACUUGUCCAAAUUCCACAUUUCAAAGAAGUUAUCAUCAUGGCCACGAACUGUGACAGCUGUGGACAUCGAACUAAUGAGGUGAAAUCAGGUGGUGCCACAGAGGAGCUAGGAACCAGAAUCACACUCCACCUCACUGACCCGUCAGACAUGUCGCGAGACCUGCUAAAGUCAGAGACUUGCAGUGUGCUGAUUCCAGAGCUGGAGUUUGAACUGGGUAUGGCGGCAUUAGGAGGAAAAUUCACCACUUUGGAAGGGCUCCUUAAGGACAUCAAGGAACUAAUCGUCAUGAAAAACCCCUUUGUUUGUGGAGACAGUGCCAUCUCUGACACAUAUGAGAAACUGGAGCGUUUUGGGGAAAAAAUCGACAAGAUUAUGUCAGGAGAAAUGGAUGUCCACAUCAUCCUCGAUGAUCCAACAGGAAACAGUUACCUGCAGAACAUUUAUGCUCCAGACCCUGAUCCUGAGAUGAAGACUGAAAAGUAUGUGAGAACAUUUGAGCAGAAUGAAGACCUGGGACUGAAUGACAUGAAAACUGAGGGCUACAAUGAGGCUGAGAACUGAGGCUGAUUAUAAAACCUGAAGGCAGGAGUCUAAAUUAGUUAAAGCUAUUUUUUUUAUUCAGUAUGGAGUCAAGAUGCCAAGUGGAGUAAAAAGUAGGAAGAUGAGCUCAUGUGAAAUGCCCUAGCUAGUCUUGCUCUUAUACUGAAGAACAGUUUUGUUUUGGUAUUUGUCUAAACUGCCCUCUGGUGGGCAUUAAUUCGAUUAUAUCCACCAAGCUGUAAUGAAAUUAAGUGUAAAUAUAUAAAUGAAAAAAAUGCUUAUUAUUUAAACAGCACUUAAUUUGUUGUUAGUGUCGCUUCAUGCAAUGAUUUCCUUUACAUCCAGGAAACGACUAACUGUACAUUGUGUUUGUACAAUAAAAUGAUGUGUUAUGGUG